AUGCAGUUGGAAGAGGCAGAUCUGAAGCCUACCUCUAUCCCCCUCUAUGGCUGUACUAUGGAUCAUUUGAUUCCCAAGGGAACGAUUACACUUCCCGCCACUUUGGGUGAGACUCACGAAGUGACCAAGAUGACAAAAUUUCUUGUAGUAGACUGUCUAUCCACUUUCAAUGGCAUAUUAGGACGACCUCUACGCUGGAACUUCAAAGUUGUCACCUCUAUCUAUCAUUUGAAGAUUAGAUUUCCCACUCCAACAGGGUGUGGGGAAGUUAAGGGGUCUCAGCGUGAAUCUCACGACUGCUAUGUAAGAGCAGUGCAGAUGGCAUACAAAGGGAAAGGAAAGCCAGUGGGCAUUCCCAAGCAGACUAUGGCGAUCAGUAGGAUCAAACCACAACCAGGUCUAGUGGAAGACAGCAUAGAUCCUCGUGUUCAGGAAGAGUAUUCCCACAGUGGGCUUGUUGAGACUCUAUCUAAGACUCAUGCUGACAUGGUCGGGAUUAGCCCGAAUGUAAUAUGGCAUGCCCUCAAUAUCGAUAGUGAGGUCAUGCCAGUUCGCCAAAAAAGAAGAGUCAUAGACCUAGAGUGUUAUGUUGCUCUUAAGGUUGAGGUGGAUAAGCUCCUCUCACUUGGGUUCAUUCGGGUGGCUCAUUACUCGAGUUGGGUCACCAAUCUUGUUUUGGUGAAGAAACCCAACGGCAAGUGGCAAACAUGUGUUGAUUUCACAGAUCUCAACAAAGCUUGUUCGAAAGAGAGUUUCCUUUUGCCUAUAAUCGAUCAGCUCGUUGAUGCCACUUUCGAGCACGAGUUGUUAAGUUUCAUGGAUGCCUAG